AUGAUGAUGGCCGAUUCGCAGCCGGUUCGCUUCUCGAUUGAAGAGCUCUUACGCUCUCGGCACAAUAUUCUUUCGACUGUAUUGCCCAAAGAGAAGCCUAAGAAGUCCGCUGAACAGCUCACUUUGUCAGGACUGCCAGGACUCUCUGUCAGUGCUGCAGGAAUCCCCAAUGCAGAACAGUUGCCGUUCUGGCUAAGCUGUGCCGCUGCCUCUUUCCCACUCGAACAAGGACUACUCAUGGCUCAGAGAACAGUAUUUCCCCAGCUGUGGGCGGCUGCUGCCUCUUCUGAUGCCUUACGAAUGGCAACUACCAGCAAGUCCUACCGGAGCUACUUUGCUCUUCCGUUUGUACCAUCUCAUUUUAUUCUCUUAACCGUUUACCUUCUCAGUUGUAGACGCAAGGCACGUACCGUGUUCUCCGAUCAGCAGCUGCAAGGACUCGAAAAACGAUUUGAAACGCAACGAUACCUCAGCACACCGGAACGGAUAGAGCUUGCCAACGCGCUCAACCUUAGCGAAACACAGGUGAGCUAA